AUAACAAAUUUUCACACUCUUUAUCUUUUCAUUUUCUUUUCUAGAGUGACAUGCUGGAUGUUAACCAAAUCAUCAAGGACCUGGCUUCUAUGGUGUAUGAACAGGGAGACACAAUAGAUAGCAUUGAAGCUAACCUCGAGACGGCGUCUUCUAAUGUGGAAUCUGCCAACGAGCAAUUGGCCAAGGCCAGCCAGCACCAACGACGAGCCAGAAAGAUGAAGUGCUGUUUCAUCUCAGCGGGGCUGGUCGUCCUCCUGGUCAUUGUCAUUAUCAUCACAGUCUCUGUCAAGCGCUGAACCUGCCGAGGUGUUCACAGGGCAGCUGAUCACAUGAUCCCGUGGAAGAGAAGCCAAAGACGCUCCAUAUUCAGGCCAUGCAUCAAUGUCAACUUUGCAAAAUAUAUUACAUUUUAAAGUGCUGUAGCCAAUAAACACUACAAUUAUAA